UUUUUUUUCUUUUUAAUUUUAAUUUGUGCCAAUCCAUAUGUUUUAAUUAUGGACACGAAUCACACGAUGAAGGUGGUAGCUGUUGUGCUAGCCACGGUUUUGCUUAUCACGGCUCAGUUACCCAUGGGGGUUUCCUUUGAUCCUGUAGUUCCUUCUUUCCUAUGGUCGCCCCACCAACAUCGAUCUGAUGGGGUUGAAUCUGUGAAUUACAAGACCCUCUCUCCUAAGGAUUUAGCCAAGUCUGUUAUGUCUGAAGGUGGUUGGUCAAACUUGCUGUGCUCAGGGAAGGGAGCUGAUCAGCAUCUGGAUAUUGGGCUUAUUUUUGUCGGAAAAGAGUUACAAUCUACAGAUCUCUCUAAACCUAUAAAAGCAGACUCUGUACUUAUCAACUUUCUAAAGGACUCUUUUGUGAACUCCAACUUCUCUCUGGCCUUCCCUUACAUUGCCAUAUCAGAGGAGGGAGAAUCAGUAGAAAGGUCGUUAAUUUCAGAGUUCACCGACACAUGUGGAGACAAUCUUGAAACCAGUAGAGUGGCUUUCUCUGAGUCAUGCUCUGUAGAGAGUGAAGACUUUGAGAAGCUCUCAGGCAUUCCCUCAAUUCAGAGCUAUUUGGUUUCAAGAAUGGAGAAGAAGUCCAAAGGGCACUCAGAUCUAAUUGUUCUAUGUGACUCUGAUUCCAAUACACUUGUAGGAACAGAUAACCAGGCUUCUGAGAGUCGACUUUUGACUGAACUAAUCAGUUAUGUGGAGCAUUUGGGAGCAAAAUACACAGUCCUCUAUGUGUCGGAUCCAUCUAGGUCAAUUCAAUAUCCAUCUCAUAGGGAGCUAGAACGAUUUCUUGCUGAAGGUAGGUUUGGAAGUGGAUCAGGAAAUUCAACCUGUGAUGAAGUUUGCGAACUCAAGUCUACGUUUUGGGAGGGAAUAAUGGUGGCAGUUGUUUUACUUAUAAUCUUGAUAUCUGGUCUUUGCUGCAUGAUGGGAAUUGACACUCCCGCAAGGUUUGAGGCUCCUGUGGAUUCUUAAUCACUCGACUCUCUGCCAUAAUACAAUUGUAUUGGGAGGUGCUCUCAUGGUUGUCAAAUGCAAUGUAGUUUUGUUAGCUUUAUUUAACCCUGUAAUUUUUGUUUAUUUGAGAAGAGGGCAUUAGUUUAUGUACAUGCACUUGCUAAAUGGUAUGAUAUUAAUAAUAGCAUGAGAUUUUUCUUGGUCCA